AUGCUCACCAUGAAGCUAGGCACCGACGCCAACGCCAACGCCAACGCCAACACAAACGACCUCGUCGCUUCGCAAGUCGCGCUGCAAAAGAAAAGUCAAGUUCAAGCUUUAUCGUACCAGUGA